AUGUGGAUGAGUUGUUCGAUCACUAAUCCCAGAACUUGCGCUGUUGACCACAUCCACGCACCAGACCAAAGACGUUUGCGACCCGUUCCCAGCAAAAGUGGCGAAACCCGAGGCAAAACGCGCAGCAACCUGUUCGAUGACCAGGAGAUGGAUAAGCUCCAUGACCAUGAUGUUCUUGGAGCAGCUGUGAUCGACGUGCACGACGUGGUUGCAGUCGAGGACGCCACCCGGACUCAAUGGAAGGAGGUGUACGAGCUAGAAAGCUCUGAAGUAGAGAUGCAAUGCAAUAUUGUGCAAGCUUCAAGACGCUCAUAG